AUGUCGCUCAUUCGCUUCAGCUACAUUAUUUUUCCCAUGCACCGUUCUGGCAAAUCAUUUUCGGAGAUUCAUAGAGAGCUUCUUGCUCUAGACUCUACGAUCACCUAUCACCAGGUCCGAAUAUUCCUACAGAAACACUGUACUCGCAGACUUCCUUCCGUAAAGGCUGGUUAUCGAGCCCGUAAAUUUUGUUUCGUAUUGCGGACAAUCAAAAGUAUUAUCGAGGACAGCUUUUCGGCAGACUCUUCGACAACUACUGCUCAUAUAAUAAGACGCCUCCAUGAGCGCAAUAUUUCUAUCAGUGCUGCGCAGGUACGUCGAUUGAGGAAGAAACUGGGAUUGCUAAGGACAACAACGAAGUAUUGCCAUAUGAUUCGAGACGUCAAUAAGGAGAAAAGGUUUACCUUCUGCACUAGAAUGAUUGAGACUAAUGAGGAUUUUAGUCAGUGUAUCUUCACUGAUGAGUCGACAAUUCAGAGGUACGGUGUUCUGGUGCAGGACAACGCUCCUGCUCACAAAAGCGCGUACACAACUGCACGCUUAGGGAUGUGGAAGAGCAAGUUGCUCGACUGGCCACCAGAGUCUCCUGAUUUGAAUCCAAUUGAACUUGUGUGGGGCAACAUGAAAUCGUUCGUCAGAAAGCGAAAUGUCCGAACCGUGGAAGAGCUCCGAAACGCAGUUCUGGUAUUCUGGAAGACACUCACUCCUGCAGUCUGCGCCAAGUACAUUUUGGGGAUUCGUAAGAGACUUCAUCGAGUGGUCGAACAAGGCGGAAAGAACAUCUAUGAGGGGCGGUAA